AUGACUUCACGCAUGGAGUUUACAGACCGGGGCAAGAAGGCCCUGGAGGACGCCAUGGCAUUGGCCGAGCAGUAUGCUCACUCACAGCUCAUGCCAGUCCAUCUCGCAGUCUCCUUGCUCACCCCUCCACCGGAUCUGUCCAAGGAUCAACAAAACGCUCCGCCCGGUGGAGCAAGUUCCAGUCUAUUCCGCCAGGUCGUCGAGAGAGCACAUGGCGAUCCGCAGCUCUUUGAGCGAGCUCUCCAGAAGCGGCUCGUUCGACUGCCCAGCCAAGACCCACCACCCGAGAAUGUUUCCAUGUCACCAAGCUUCAGCACCGUCCUCAGGAAGGCUGGUGAGCUGCAAAAGACACAAAAGGAUUCCUAUGUGGCAGUCGACCACCUGAUCACUGCCCUGGCGGAAGACCCCGGCGUGGCCGAGGCGCUCAAGGAGGCCAACAUUCCCAAGGCCAAGCUGGUCCAGGAUGCCAUUCAGACUAUCCGUGGAACGAAGCGAGUGGACUCCAAGACCGCAGACACAGAGGAGGAACAUGAGAACCUGGCAAAGUUCACCAUCGACAUGACAGCCAUGGCACGAGAGGGCAAGAUUGACCCCGUCAUCGGCCGAGAAGAAGAAAUUAGACGAGUCGUCCGAAUUCUGUCCAGACGAACCAAGAACAACCCCGUCCUGAUUGGUGAGCCCGGUGUCGGUAAGACAACCGUUGUUGAAGGCUUGGCACAGCGUAUUGUCAAUGCUGAUGUCCCCGACAACCUGGCCGCCUGCAAGCUCUUGUCUCUUGAUGUCGGUGCCCUGGUCGCCGGCAGCAAGUAUCGUGGUGAAUUCGAGGAGAGAAUGAAGGGAGUUUUGAAGGAGAUCUCCGAGUCCAAGGAGAUGAUUGUUCUAUUUGUCGACGAGAUCCACUUGCUCAUGGGCGCUGGUUCGUCCGGUGAAGGUGGUAUGGAUGCAGCCAAUCUGCUCAAGCCCAUGCUAGCUCGUGGUCAGUUACACUGCAUUGGUGCAACCACCCUUGCCGAGUAUCGAAAGUACAUUGAGAAGGAUGCCGCCUUUGAACGACGAUUCCAACAAGUCAUUGUCAAGGAACCAAGCAUUCCCGAGACUGUUUCCAUUCUUCGAGGUCUCAAGGAGAAGUACGAAGUGCACCAUGGUGUUUCCAUUGCCGAUAGCGCCAUUGUCGCUUCGGCCACACUCGCAGCACGCUACCUCACCUCUCGACGACUUCCCGACUCUGCAGUCGACUUGAUCGACGAGGCCGCUGCUGCAGUCAGAGUUGCCAGAGAGUCUCAACCAGAAAUCAUCGAUUCACUCGAGCGUAAGCUGCGACAACUCAAGAUUGAGAUUCAUGCCUUGAGCCGAGAGAAGGACGAAGCAUCCAAGGCUCGUCUUCAGCAAGCCAAGCAGGAUGCUGAGAACGUCGAGGAGGAACUUCGACCUCUCAGAGAAAAGUAUGAGAGUGAGCGAAGACGUGGCAAGGACAUUCAAGAAGCCAAGGUCAAGCUCGACCAGCUGAAGGUCAAGGCCGAGGAUGCCGCACGUAUGGGCGACCACGCUCGUGCUGCCGAUCUUCAGUACUACGCAAUCCCUGAACAAGAAACUGCCAUCAAGCAGCUCGAGAAGGAAAAGGCCAUUGCCGACGCAGCUCUCAACCAGAACGACAUUGGUGGAUCUAUGGUUACCGACAUCGUUGGACCAGAACAAAUCAACGAAAUCGUCUCUCGCUGGACCGGUAUCCCUGUCACUCGACUCAAGACCACCGAAAAGGAGAAGCUUAUCAAGAUGGAGCAGGCUCUGGGCAAGAUCGUUGUUGGUCAGAAGGAGGCCGUCAACGCAGUCUCCAAUGCCAUCCGUUUGCAACGAUCCGGACUCAGCAAUCCCAACCAGCCUCCCAGCUUCCUAUUCUGUGGUCCUUCGGGUACUGGUAAGACACUUUUGACCAAGGCUCUUGCUGAGUUCUUGUUCGACGAUCCCAAGGCCAUGAUCCGAUUCGACAUGUCAGAAUACCAGGAACGUCACGCCCUGAGUAGAAUGAUCGGUGCACCCCCAGGAUACGUUGGACACGACGCUGGUGGCCAGCUUACCGAGGCCCUCCGACGCAAGCCUUUCUCUAUCCUACUGUUUGAUGAAGUGGAAAAGGCGGCCAAGGAGGUCUUGACUGUCCUCCUUCAGCUCAUGGACGACGGCCGCAUCACUGAUGGCCAGGGUCGUGUGGUCGACGCAAGGAACUGCAUUGUUGUCAUGACCUCCAACUUGGGUGCCGAAUUCCUAGCUCGUCCUGCUGGCCGUGAUGGCAAGAUCGAUGCAACCACUCGAGAACUUGUCAACAAUGCGCUGCGCAACUACUUCCUGCCCGAGUUCUUGAACCGUAUCAGCUCGGUGGUAAUCUUCAACCGCUUGACACGCAAGGAGAUUCGCAACAUUGUUGACCUUCGCAUCAGCGAAAUUCAGAAGCGUUUGUACGACAACGAGCGCAAUGUGCGCAUCCAGGUGUCAGACGAAGCCAAGGACUACCUGGGCAACGCUGGUUACUCCCCUGCCUAUGGUGCCCGUCCGCUAGCCAGACUCAUUGAAAAGGAAGUGCUGAACAGAAUGGCAGUCCUGAUUCUGCGCGGUGCUAUCCAGGAUGGCGAGACGGCUCGCGUGGUGCUGGUAGAUAACAAGAUCCAGGUCUUGCCCAACCACACCGACAGCGAGCUUGGGGAUGAAGACAUGCUCAUCGAUGAUGAUGACGCAGUGGAGGAUAUUGUACCAGAUGACAUGGACGAGGAUAUCUACAAUGACUAG